GGAGUAAUAAAAGUUCUUUUUCCUUCCCCCUCCCUUUCCUUCUUUAUAUUCGUACUUGUUGCUGCCUCAGGCAGUCGAAAUCGAUUGCGAAGAUUUGUUGUCUUCUCCAGAGCCUGUAACGGCAAAUAUAAUUCACCCCUUUAAUCUAUUUUCUGCUGUAAACCUAAAAAGACUAUAGAUUUUUUAGCUCAUAUGUGGUGUUGUGCAAAAUCAAGAAGUUUGGUUAUGGUGUUGAAUCUUCAAUAUUAAUCUAAAAAAAAGAAUAGGCUUUCUUGAUUUAUUGAAUAGAAUACAAGUUUCUGAAUAACCCCUUCAAUGGCGGGAAUAGCUAUAUUAUUGGAUCUACUGAAGAAAAAUCCAAGCUUUAAUGGUCAAACCCUUCAUUCUUAUGGUAUUUUCUCAGCCAAGUUGGCUACCACAGCUGCUGCUGCUUCUGUUGCUGCUAGUUACCCUUUUGCUUCUAGGGCUAUUUUUGGUAACGGUGCUGCACGAGUUGCAUUUUGCGAUGCUGGCACGGGAUUUUCUGAAGAUUAUAUAUCUACCAUACAAAGUGAAUCAAUAAUUAACUUGCAGUAUGAUUCAUUGAAGCACAGUACCAAACAAUACAACCUUGAGUUAAAACCUUUAUUCUCAGCAUUCAUGUGGAGGAAUCUUGCACUGACCUCCUUGAGAUCUUUCCUAUUAUUUUAUUUACCUCUUGUGGAGCCUCAUACUAACAUGGAUGAGGACGAUGAUGAUGAAGAUUUCUUAAAGGAUGCCGAGGAAGAUCGCCGUGUCGACUUGGUGACUCCUUUCAAGAAAUCAGUGAAACAGAUUGGUCGUGAGACUGCUGUUGUAACAACAAGACGUGUCCUGGAAAGAUUGGCUGUCCACUAUGUUUCACAGCGAAUGGCAUGGAAGCUUCUAAAAGAUGUUCCCAAGUCAGCUGCACGCAAGGCUCAAAGGGGAAUGCCUAGUAUGAUCUACUUUUGCAGUGUCACAAAAACAACGUGCAGAGGUCAUUUUCUGGGAGUUUUGGCAUCAUGGUUUGUUCAAGUUGGCAUUGAUAUCUGGCGAUUUUUUAAAUCUAAACAAGACGAUGACACACUUGAUGGAUCAGAAAAAAUGAAGCUUCUAGGAAGGAAGAUUUCCAUUGUUACUGUCAGAUGUAGUGCAUCUCUUGUUUUCGCUUCUAUAGGAGCAGGGAUAGGAGCAAUGAUAUUUCGCCCUACAACUGGCCAGUGGAUUGGAUGCGCUAUUGGAGAUGUGGCUGGACCAGUCGUUGUAGCCUUUUGCUUUGACAAAGUUCUUCACAUGGAACUGUGAUGAUGUAGAAGCUUUCCCCCCCUCCCGCGCACACACACAUACACACAGAAGAAGUGGCAAUUCAGUGUUUUUCUUCGACUUAAUUGAUUCCUUUAGCUCUGGGAAUAAAUAUUCGUCAUAGAUACAUUAACCAAUUUAUGGCAUUAUGAGUUAACUUUUUCGUAUUUAUUCAUGCUUUCUGGUUCAUAACAUCAUUCUUCCUAUGGAUGAACAUAGUUGGUCUGGUAAAUCUAUUGAUUCUGCACUGAUGUAUGAUAAUGGUAAAUGCAUACCAUCAGCUUAAUUCUUUUUGAAA